UUUUUAAAAGAAUGUGUGAAAAUAGUGAAACCUGGCAAAUCGAUUUUUAUAACGACGAUAAACAAAACUCUAACAUCUUGGCUAUCUACUAUUGUAGCGACUGAAUACAUUUUUGGAAGUAUACCUCGCGGUACUCAUCAAUGGAAUAAAUUUAUUGCUCCACACGAAGUCCAACGUAUAUUGGAGAAUUAUGGCUGCGAAACAAAAUUGAUUCGCGGCAUGCACUUUAAUCCAGCAACAAGACGAUGGUCUCGACCAUCAACUGUAUCUACUUUUUACGGGCUUCAUGCAAUUAAACAUACAGAAACUAGCGUGUAAAUAAUCCUCAAGAAGCAAAUUGAAAAAAACAUUCAAAGAUAUAAAACAUUAUUAUGAUAUAAGGUUGAAAAUAUAAGUUAAAAUGUCUUUGCACAAAUUUUAUAAAAUUACAUUUUUCACGUGAAUAACUUCCUUUUUUUUUAAGUUUUACAGCAUUGAUCAUAUCUCAUGUAUUUUUUCCUGCGUUGAUAAAUUUUUCCACUAGAUAACUCUAGAGUUUUUUAAUUUAAGCACAAGAUUAUAUUUGAGCUACUUAUUAUGUGCUGUUUGAUCUACCUUGAACACAGAAUGUAUAUGAUAAUCAAUAGUCAUUAUUUAUUUCGCGGAAGUGCUUAUCUAUUUUUCAUUUACAUUUUCCUUGCUUCUACUUAGAAAAAUGCUUUAAAGAGGGAAAGUAACGAGAAACAGUGUGAGCAGUCUACCAUAUAAACUAUUCACUUUGCAGCGAAUCGUCGACUUUAUUAAAUACCCUCUUAGCAGCAAUUUAACAAGAUAAGAAUUUUUAUGGGUAUUAAUGCUAUUGUUAUAAAUAUUCCCAGUCAGUACCGCAUCGCUGGAAACUAUUUUACCACGCAUAAUGUAAACGUAAAUGUGGCUGACGCAGUGCGCAAAUAAAAAAAUAGAUUAUAAAAUA